UUUCCCGAAGCGGCGACCGAUGGCCCGGGCCAGUUACCGAGAGGAAGGGGCUGGGACCCGGGAGCUGGCAUUGCAGCUGCUGAUGCCCCAAUAGAGGGAGAAGCUGCAUCCAGUCGGUGAAAGGCAUCGGGAGUGGCGACGCUGCCUGGCCGUGGUUCAUGGGGAUGCUGUCGGAUUGCGGGGCUGCAGCGGCCGCUCCGAGGAUGAGAGGCGCCGGGAAGCUGCUCCAUCUGCUCCUUAUCUGCCCCUUCUCCAGGGGUUUGCAGGUGCAGAAGCGUCUCCCUGGUGUUAAAGUGAAGUACCUGUUCUUGAUGUGGUUAGGAAUCCUGGUGGGCAGCUGGGUUCUUUACAUGCACUACUCGUCCUACUCGGAAUUGUGCCGAGGUCACAUCUGUCAAAUGAUAAUUUGUGAUCGCUAUAAGAAAGGAAUUAUUUCUGGCUCUGCCUGCAAGGACCUGUGUGAGGAAAACACACUGCUGUUCCAACAAUGUCUGUCAUCAAACCCGGUCCAUCAGGUUUAUGGGGGAGUCUGGAGGGAUAAGGAAGUCAUUAUCAAGUGUGGUAUAGAAGAAGCCUUCAGAGCGGAUCUAAAUCCUGAGAUGUUACCUCAGAAGGAUCUGAUGCUUUUUGACAAACCAACUAGAGGGACUUCAAUGGACGAGUUCAAGGAGAUGUUGCUGACAUUCCUGAAGUCUAGUCUUGGAGAUCAGCAAUCCCUUGGGAACCUUGUCAACAGAAUAAUCAGCAUGGCAGAUAUCAACCAGGACAACAAGGUCUCCUUAGCCGAAGCAAAGUCUAUCUGGGCCUUGCUUCAGCUCAAUGAGUUCUUAUUGAUUGUUUCUCUGCAUGAAAAGGAACACACAGCGCAAUUGCUGGGCUACUGUGGAGACCUGUACAUCACUGAGAAGAUUCCAUACCACUCACUUUACAGCAUCAAGGUGCCACGUUUCCUUCAAGCAGUUUUGCCUUCAAUAGUGCACAAGAGCCUGAACCAAUGGUUUUCUCCUGCAUGGCCUCGGCGAGCAGAAAUCACCAUUGGCCUCUUGGAAUUCGUGGAGGAGAUUUUUCAUGGCACUUAUGGCAGCUUUUACAUCUGUGACACAGACCCAGGUAACAUUGGUUACAAUGAGAAAUAUGAUUUUAAAAUGGUUAACUUAAGGAAAGUGGUGACAGAAAUGACUCUUAAAGGAUUCUAUAAAGGACGUCAUUGUGAACACAACACAGACUGCACACAUGGGAAAGAUUGCACAGCAACCUGUGACAAACUGGUGAAGCAAUGCAAUACUGAACUGAUACAACCAAAUCUGGCCAAGAUUUGUGGCUUAUUACGGGAGUAUCUGCUGUAUGGGGCACCCAGCGAUUUCAGAGAUGAAUUACAGAAACACCUACAAACCUGCAUGACAUUGAAUGGAUUAGCAAGCCAGAUGGAGGUACAUCAUUCAUUGCUAUUAAACAACAUCAAAACCCUACUUUGGAAAAAGAUUUCAAACUCUAAAUAUUCAUAAAGGGUCAGAGAUUCUCUAAACAUAAUUGUGUUGUAUCUGGAGAUUUUUCUCUAAUGUAAUUUAUGAAUUAGUACUACUGUGUCAACAACCUCAAGUAAAGUUCUAGGCAAGCAAUUAUAGGACUAGACAAUUUAAAAUAAUCUGUAGAUGCCAUGUCAAACCAUAAGCCUAAUAUAAUGC